AAAGACGUUUUUAUUAUUAAAAAUAUAAUAGAUUAUGUUAAAAAUACAAUCCAAGGAAACCUAUAAAUUCAAUGCUAAAACUUUUUUUAUUUAAAAAGAAUGUCUGGAAAAAGAUGUAUUCACGUUUGGUUCUUAUUGCAAUUUCUUUCCAAUGCGCUGCAUGUCAGUGAUGCAGAAAUCGUAUAUCCAAAACGCCAUCACAAAGAACGCUUCCAAAACGAUUUAGGCACAUUAAAUCAGAAUGGAAAUCAUGAAGAAUAUGUUACUUAUGAAAUCAAAUCAAAAAAUGAUCAUCAUUUUCUGGAUUUAAAAAAAAUACAACAAGCGCACCCAAAAUUUAUUUGGCUUCGUUCCUUUGAAAAUGGAAAGGAAGUUGUUGUUAAGCAUUAUCCUGAAAACUGCUAUUAUGAUGGAAAAGUGCGUGGAAUAGAGGACUCAUAUGCUUUUAUAAGUACAUGCAGUGGUGGAUUAACUGGGACAGUUGAUGAUGGUAAAACACGAUAUAACAUAAUACCAAAGUAUGAUGGAAUCAAACAUUAUUAUCACAAUGUCGAGAAUCAAAUGAAGAAAGAAUAUAAAGGAAUGAAAAAUUCUGAUGUUAAUGAGAAUAAUAAAGUUAAGAAAGAGAAGUUACAUACGAAGACCGAAAAAACUGUUUUGUUAUCAGAUGCAUCAUCUUUAAUUAAUAUUGAACCUGUAUACCUACCUUAUACUAGAAAAGAAACACUUUAUGCUGAAAUCUUAGUCAGUUGUGAUUACAAAAUGCUUCGCAAGUACAACAAUGACAAAUCAUUAUUGAUAGAGAGAGUCUUAAAUAUAUUUGGUCAAGUUGACAGGGCUUAUCAAGCCAUUAAUCUACGUAUAGUUGUUGUUGCCAUUGAUAUUCAAAAAGAUGCUUCUUCAUUUCGUCGCCAUGAUCUGGCUAAUGAUGACAUAGAUUCAUUUGAAAAGUAUGUUAAUGUAAUCCGAGAGGAAUCAGAAUUUGAAAAUGUGAAUUUUGAUUGUGCCAUAUUUUUAAGUCAUAAUUCUUGGCCACGCAAUUCUGGAAAAGCAAACUUAGAUACCAUGUGUAAAACAAAUUGUAUAAGUAUUGUUUAUUGGGAAUAUGAAAAUGAUGCCGCUACAGUACAUACAAUUGGUCAUGAAUUUGGUCACAAUUUAGGGUUUUUGCAUGAUGAAGGUGAAACGUACCAAUGCAAUGCACCUUCUAAAUGCUUGACAAAAAGUAGGGGAUGUUUUAUGGAAGAUGCGGACAAGUCAAUUAGACCUGGUUUUUCUAACUGCAGUAUGGCGAUUUUUAAAGAAAAAAAGUAUCGCUGUCUUUUAAAUAUUCCUUCUGAAGUUCUUCCUGGAAUUACUGAAAAAACUCAAAAUUCUAUUUUAACUCUCACUCCUCCUAUAACUGCUCAAUACCUAAGGGUGUUACCAAAACAAUGGAUUGGAGAUUAUCCAUGCUUAAAACUUAAAAUCAUUGGCUGCAAGUACAAGGAAGGUUGUAAUGUACCAUUGAUGAAGAAUUUACCGGAGUCUGCAUACUCAGCUAGUAGUAGUUAUAGCGAAAAAUAUAGUCCCUCGGGUGUAGUAGAAAAAAGGGAUGGUUGGUGUCCAUAUUAUAGAACUAAUUGUUGGCUUCAAAUUAAUUUUGAGGAGAAAGUUGAGAUAACAUCUAUUGAAAUGCUAUUAACCUACUGGAAAACAGCAUUGUACUCUUUACAAUAUUCUGAUGAUGGAUUGUUGUGGUUCAACUAUUCAAAAACUGAUAAAAAAAACUGAUGCUGAUGAAUAAAAGUGUAAUUUAUUCCAAUCAAUUUAAGCGUUGGCCAGCAAUAUAAUUUCAAAUUUUACUGAUUAACAAUGGAGGCGUUGGACAUGGUGCAGUUGUGUUUUGUUACCCAGUGGUAAACUUGUAGCACUAGUUUUUUUAUAUCGUUAUAUAACUCGUAAACUUUCUGUAUAUCUAUAGUAAAUAUAAUUUGCACUUUUAAAUAAAUCUAAAAUGAAUAUUUUCUGUUACCGCUAAAAUGUUGUUUUUAGUUGUAAUGUUUUUUAUGCUACUAAAAUGUAUUCAAAUUUUUACUAAAAU